ACAUUAAAAAAGAAGAAGGACAGUCAUUCAAUUACUGCGUGAGAAUAUUGCACUCGAGCUAGUACAGACAAGAGGACACAUCACUAAAGUGAGCUACUAACAGAACUAGAAACAGAGGACACAUGGCUCUAACUGAGCAGAUCAACCAGUUGGAGGCAGAUUUGCAGGAGCUGGGGUCACUCUCAGAGAAGGCAGAAAGGAAGAGAGUGAAGGAAGUGCUGCAGCAGGAGCAGAAGAAGGUGGAGAAGGAGCUUGCACUCAAACGACAACAGAAGGAGCAACAAGCCAAGAGAGAGGCAGACCCUUCUGCUGCAUCCAAAGCAACAUACACAGUCAAGAUCAAUAACUAUGCGUGGGACCAGUCUGAAAAAUUUGUCAAAAUUUACCUCACUCUGAAGGAUGUGCACAAAAUUCCACCAGAAAACGUGGAGGUCAAGUUUACAGAAAGCUCAUUUUCUGUUUUGGUAAAGGAGCUAGAUGGAAAAAAUCAUCAGAUGACAAUCCUCAACCUGCUAGGUCCUGUCGAUGAAAAGGACAGCUAUAAAAAGAUAAAAACAGACAUGGUCCUGGUCAUGUGCAAGAAGCAGACGACAAAGAAGUGGGAGUGCCUAACAAAAGCGGAGAAGCAGUCGAAAGAUAAAGAUAAACCUGCGACUGAUGACAAUGCAGACCCCAGUGAUGGCCUAAUGACCAUGCUGAAGAAGAUUUACUCAGAUGGAGACGACGAGAUGAAGAGAACCAUCAACAAAGCCUGGUCAGAGUCACAAGAGAAGAAAAUACGAGGGGAAGGAGGAGGAGACAUGAUGGACUUCUGAAGUGCACGCACUGUCAUCUGCUGAGAGCUGCCAGGGAUCAACUGUCAUGACUUGAAUAUAAUGUGUGUUGAAACUUAAAGUCAAGUAUAUAAAUCACAAUCCCACAACAAUAUGAAUUAACAAGGUGAAUGGAUCUAAAACUAACAUCCCUGCAGGCCUCAACCUGGUAAUGUGUGGAAAAUCAGACAACCUGUGUUCUCAUACCCAUUCCUCAUGAUGCAAAAACCUGUCAGUGAAAGCAUGUACAAAUAAGGAGGCUGUCCAGCAGAUGGCGACAUCAACAUAAGACUUCCUACACAUCCAACCCUACUUUUUGUAUAGUCCAAUUUGAUGUGUCAAGGGUCAACAUUGCACUUAGUUUUAAUCAAGUAAAUGUUCAUCACCACUCAUAGUUCUAAAUGAAGUGCAAUAUUUUAGACGAUCUCCUCUAAAUAUUGUACCUGUCCAGUUAUUCUGAGCAGAUAUCCAUGAUGCUUUCCACUGUUCAUAUGCCAAAGAGAUGACUUCUUUAGGUACUUCAUAUCAGCAUUUUAUUCCUUGUCAUUCCCUGAAUACCUAUUCCUGUUCUUCAAUGCACUAAAAAUGUUCUUUGUAAUUCCAUAAUGUGUGUUGGGCUUAUCUCUUUCUUUAAGUGCUGUUAACAAUAGCACUUUAGUGAUUUCCCUUGAACAUUUGUUAAUAUGCUCAACCCCUGUUUUUAAUUUGUCCACAAGUUGACUUUCAUUUUGUCAUAUCUUACAUGUGUUGCUGCCCAUUCUCAGGCUUUUCAUGAAGUUCUUCAAAAUAUAGAUCUCAAGUCUUAUUUG